GAAUGAUCCUCAUUUCCAAAGAACUCCGCAGAAUUUUUUCCAAGUAAAGAAGGGAUUAGUUGAUGUUAAAACAAUAGUCAUGUCGGUUGUCGUAUCAAUCUUGUCCAUCUUGUGGCGGUCUUCAUCCACAACAUGCAAACCCCGACUAAUAUGUAAUAGUGGCAUUCAAACUGCGCCCAUUUCCAGUAAAAAACUCACAGGGAAAUCUUCGAAGGAUGUUCUUGAAAGAAAUAAUUUGUUGCCAUCUCCUCUUAGUCGAGGCUCAUCUCAUUCAGACUGAGCCAGAAAGGAAAACGAACAUUUCGAUGUUUAUCAGGCCCACAACGACAUCAGGAUUAGAAUGUUUGAAAACAUUGGCUAAUGAGACCUUUAGAUUGAAUAAGGAGAGGUCUCUGAUCACUCUGACGACAUCUGCGAUAGAUAAAGAAACUCGUGAUCUGGAAAAUUCGGUCAUCAGAUAUUUCAACGAAAAAGGCAUUGCAUCUCUGGAACUUCUCGGGGAGCCACCUCACAUCGAAUUCGAAUCCUCAACAAUCUGCUUCAAGGAGUCGAACGAAAGUGAUGUAGAGACCUGCAGAAAAAACUUUGUCGUCAAAGAGUCCACAGAAUUCUACGUGAUAAUCGCCCAAGACUUCAGCGAUCUCCAGAAGAGUUUGUACAGCGCCUACAACUCGUCUUCUUUCAAUCCACUGGCUGAAUUCUUGCUUUAUUGGCGCCACAUUGAAGACGUUUCCAUAUCUGACUUGGUCCCCAUACUGUGGAAGUACCAGAUGCUGAAGGUGGUGCUCGCCGAACACGAUCUGAGAAACGAUUCCGUCACAGUUCACGUCCUUCAGCUGAAGCUGUUCGGUCCUGGGAUGUGCCUAGAGAAGAGCAGAUUUUUCUCAGCUGGACCAUGCAACAAGAGCCUCUUACGUUCUUCUAGGUUACGAGCCUUAUUGAGAAGCCGGAUGCCAAGGAUCUUCAAGAAUUGCACCAUCGAAACCAUCGCCAUGCAGUACGAACCUUUCGUGAUCAGUGAAGAUGAAGGUAUAGAGAUAAAACUGUUGAAACAUAUGGAAAAAUACAACAACGUUACGUUCGACAUAAAUCUCACCACAGAGGCCAAGGAUUGGGGGGAUAAGGUUAAUGGGUCUUGGGAAGGUAACUUGGGGGAGAUAAUCAACACCCUGAAGGUUGGCAUAGGAAAUGUGGGACCUGAAGCCGACCGACUGGAAGAUUUCGACUUUACCUACAGUUACAAGUCCCCAGUUCUCAUCUGGGUGGUACCAAUCGCUGAAAACGUUAAGAAAUGGAGGGUUUUGACCAUAAUUUUCACCCCGCAGCUUUGGGCAGUUGUCUUCGCGGUCUUCUUCGGCACAACUGGUCUUUUCUUCAGCCUAUCCAGGUUUUUUAGAGAUGAUAGUUUCCUCCGAAGCCUAUCUGGUAGCUUCUUAGCUUCCCUACAGAUCCUCAUCAGUUCCUCAGUUAACCGUACACCCAGUACCAACAUAGUCCGUUUGGUCUUCGCUUCAGGUCUUCUCUUCGCGCUCAUUGUCACCUGCGUUUACUCCAGCUACCUCAUAAACGUUCUCACGAACGUCGUGAGGGAGCACCAGAUCCAAAACGAAAGGGAAAUUUUAGAUUCAGGCUUGGUCAUCGGAGGUUUGGAGGAGUACCUUGAAAGAUUUCAAAGAUCGGAUAAUAACGAUUGUCUUGACGAAAUCUGCAAGAGAUACCAGUAUUUUCGAGACGAAAACGACACUGCUAUGUUUUGGCUCAAAAAGGUUCAGGAUCGAGAGGCUUGUACUCCUUUAACAAAGCUAUUCGUGCAGUACUACAUGGUGAAGAGAUUCGAAAGUUACGAAAACGAAGUCGAGUCUAUCUAUGAGAGGAAAAAACGGGUUAAGCUGUUUAUAAUACAGAAACCCAUCAACUUUUACUCUUUAGCUAUUGUUAUGAACAAGGGAAAUCCUUUCAAGAAGAGUUUCGAUAAGUUCAUAAAGAAAUAUGUGGAGGCUGGAUUGAUGUACACCCUUUCAGUAGAAUAUGAGGAUAAGUUCGAAAGGCUUAAGCAGAUAGUGAGCAACACCGACGAAGGGCCUGAAAGACUAGGUAUCUAUCAUGUGCAAGGACCUUUUGCAGUCUUAGGUAUCGGGGAUGGAAUAGCCAUCUUGAUCUUCCUCAUCGAAAAACUGUGGAAUUUCGAAUUUAGUUCUGUUCAUCGAAAAAUAUCUCCUGAUUCCAGGAUUAUUCGCAGAGAUAUAAGAAAUAAAAGCCUCUUUUACGAUAGAAAAUACGGAAAUAUGUAUGGAAAAAAUUAUACGAAGAAUCAGAAAUAUUUGAAAAAUUCAUAG